CGAACUUAACUCAACUGUUUAUCAGUCUGUCAUCCUCCGCUCAUUUCCUCCAUGAACGCCCACAGGCCACAGCUUUUACAGCAGCCAAUCAGAGAGCAGCACACGUGACGAGCGUUCUUAGCGAUGACCUCAUCCCUAGAGUGGGAUGACGUCAAAUACAAGAUGGAUGGAAUCACGACUGCUUCAUGCUCAACGCAACUCUGAAACAAAGUCCAGUGUCGGAGCUCCGCGGCAUUCAAAGCCACCAAACUAGGCCAAAAUGGAGAGCCUGGGGCACUACUGUAACCCUGCCCAUGGUAUUUCACUGCUGGGUGCCCUCAAUGAGCAGCGGUUGAUGGGUCAGCUCUGUGAUGUUGUGUUGUUCGUGGGUGAUCAACAGUACCAGGCCCAUAAAAGCAUCCUUGCAGCCUGCAGUGAGUAUUUCCAGUCUCUGUUUUCCAGAAGGGACUCGGAGAACCGCUCCAUUGUUCAACUUGACUUCUGUGAGCCUGAUGCUUUUGAGAUUGUGCUAAACUACAUCUACUCAUCAUCUCUGUUUGUGGAGAAAUGCAGUCUGGCAGCAAUACAGGAGCUGGGCUAUAGCCUCGGCAUUCCAUUUCUAACCAACAUUAUGUCUAUAAGACCUCAGGCGUCAUACUGUGUGUCGAGAAAACAAAUGUUGCUCUCUGAGGAGGAGGAGGAUGGCGCUUUACAAAAGAGAAGUGUUAUUGUGCAUCAAAGUCAGGGUGAGCAGCCUAACAUGGAAAUGUUUCCAAGGAAAAGUUUGAGUCUUCAGGGAAAACCGUUUAAGCAGGUCACAGAGCAACCCUCGCUCACACACAAUUUCAGUGAUCAGAGCCAAUCCUCAGGACACAUCAGACCAAAUGAAAAAGAAUCAAACAGUACCUCCAACAGCAGAAAUUUAAACAAAAACACAGUUGAGGGAGACUGCAGAUCUAUCAUCUCCUCUCCAACAUCCAUACUGAGACAUCGAACUGAAUACCGGUCGCCAUCUACAAGGCCGCAACUAACAUCCUCUGUGUCAUUCAGUGAGUCUGUACAGCAUGCUAGCCUACAAUCAGAUCAAACUGACACCACCAUCGAUGGCAGAAUGGAUGCAUCGCAUGAUUCCAGACCAGUGGGUGAGCAACAUGGCCCACGCAACCAAACUGUUGACCGAAGUGGGCCACUUAUUAAAAGUCUGCUACGCAGAUCAUUGUCUAUGGAUAGUCCAGUUCCCGUUUUUUCUCCAGCUCUGGAGCUAAAGGAUUCACAAAGUCGAGAACAGUCUGUGGUCAAGUUAAUGGCCACAACAGCUAGGUCACCAUCCCCUGAAAAUGAGGACCGGGUGUCAAAAGAUAUGCCACUUCUUUUCAGGUCGAGACAACUAAAUUCGUAUGAGAUGGACGGCACUCAAACAACUCAACUCAGAAUCAAAACAGAGCCCAGCAGUCCCCUUGCCGACCCUUCUGAAAUUGUUCGCAUCACUGUUGGAGACAACCUGCCGAUAAAUUUCAAAGACUUUCAGGCAAACUAUGAUGAAGGUCCCAGAGGGUAUUUUACUCCCUCGAUAAAGAGGAAGAGUAAGAUAGAUGGUAGUUAUAUGCCCUUUAAGAGAUCCAGGCCUGUUAAUGAGCAUCAUCUGUUGCAUCAGGAAAGCACGUUUGAUGAGGUACCUUACAAUUCCAACAUGGACACUAGUAACGAGGAACCUGGAGAACUUCGCCCAAACAAAAUGUUUAAGUGCUGGAACUGCCUGAAGGUUUUCAGGUCCAAUGCGGGUCUUUAUCGCCAUGUGAACAUGUACCACAACCCAGAGAAGCCGUACGCUUGCGACAUCUGCCAUAAACGCUUUCACACAAACUUCAAGGUCUGGACUCACUGCCAAACCCAGCAUGGCGUGGUGCAAAAUCCUGCACCCUCCUCCAGUUCCUAUUCGGUCCUGGAUGAGAAGUUUCAGAGGAAGCUAAUCGAUAUCGUCCGAGAGCGGGAGAUAAAGAAGGCCUUGAUUAUGAAGCUCAGGAGAACCAAGCAAGGCCUGCAGUCACAACCCUUUGGCAGGAAAAGCAGGCGAUCGAGGUCAUACGGAUGCCCCUACUGUGGCAAGAUGUUUUUUUUCCAGUCACACUUAAAGCUACACAUGAAGGGACACUCCGCUGAGCUGGCUAACCUUGACACGGAUGCUGAGAGAGACCUUCAAUACAAGCAGCAGCAGCAGUUGGCACAUCUUAAAGAAAACCAAGAUAAGGACGUAUUUUCUUGCCGGCUCUGCAAUGAGAAACUGCCCUCUUUGCCUGAAUUAGAAGACCAUGAGAGAGCUUGCAGGUAUGCUACAGUCUGCCCAUACUGUGGACUUCGAUUCUCCAACACGGUCGUCAAGAAAGACCAUGAAGCUCACUGCAAGUACAAAAAGCUGACCUGCCUUGAAUGUAUGCGCACUUUUAAGUCUUCUUUCAGCAUUUGGCGUCAUCAGGUGGAAGUUCACAAUCACAAUAUGAUGAGUGUUAAGGAGCAGUUGACUCUCGGUCUCCAGGAGAGCAAUCACGAUGAAUCAUCCAAUGUGUUCGGAGUUCCUCCCUCUUCUCAGGAGUUGAUACGUGACCCCAGAGAGGAAGCAGUGUACAGCGACUCAUCUGUUCCACCCAUGUAUGAUUCUGAAGACUCAUCGUCUUAUGUCCCAGAGGACUUGAGUGCUCACGGUCAAGGGGAGCUGCAGGUCAAAGAGGAACCUCAAGAGGAAGCAGUAUCAGCCAAGGAUAACGUGAGCACCGGAUCCGAGGAACCGGGCGUUUGGCCUUGUGAAAAGUGUGGAAAGCUUUUCAGCACCCACAAAGACCUGGAACGACAUCAGGAACUGCUUUGCCAUAUCAAACCCUUCAUCUGCCACAUAUGUCACAAAGCGUUCAGGACCAACUUCCGUCUCUGGAGCCACUACCAAUCCCAUAUGUCCACACCUGAAGAGCCAGGGAUGAGAGAGAUUGACAGGCUUCCGUCUUCUCCAUCUCCUUCUCCACCUCUUACGAUUUCCAUCCCAGAGCCUCCAACUUCUCAAAAACCUCCACUCACAGCGACCUGCUCUGGGGUGGACACCUCAGAGGAGGAACCCAGAGGCUCCAUGUCACUGUCAACCAAGAAGCCAGAGCAGGACAAGACUAGUGACGAUGAGCCUGGGGAACAUUUACACGCCAAGACCAACAGUACAGACAAAACUAUCACCCCGCAGGAAUCCGACACGCUUUUUUACCAUGCACCAACCCUCUCUGCACUCACCUUUAAACGGCAGUACAUGUGCAAAUUCUGUCACCGGACAUUUAAGACGGCUUUCAGUCUGUGGAGUCACGAGCAGAGCCAUACGUAAGAGUGCAAAACGCAGUUGCACAUUUGUAGCCCUUAACCAUUGGAAUCAACAGUUCCACAGAGACAGUUUCUCUUUUAAACAUGAUUUACUUUGGGACACACUUGCAGCCAAAACCCAGGGAUUUAUUAACAGCAUUUAAUCAUACUUAAUAUAUCUUAUUUCUAUAAACAGUAUUCAGAAUGCAUCUUGGAUUGCAUGCCAAGAGUUUCUUAAAACAAAUUUGUUUUCUAAAGCAUUUCCCUGUAUUAUUUUUUUGUUUUAGGUUUAUUGUUCAGUGAUCAAAAAAGACUGUUAAAUGAAACGGACUUCUUUCACCUUAAGAACUCUUCUAAAUUACUUUCUUUGAAUUAUUGCAAAGUGUGAUUACUUUUUUUGGGUUAUUACGCAGAAGAUGUACACCUCUCUUGUUUUAGUGGCCUUUAUGCUGUUAUUUAGCACUUUCAAGCUAUUCCAAAUAAACAUUGUUCUCUAUUAAAAGCACAGGCUGGUGUAGACAUGGCUCUUUAGUUAGAAAAGAUAGAUCCGUCACAUCCAAAACUAAAAAUGAAUUCCCCUUUUCUACCCUAAAACAAUAGCUUUAAGUUUAUUUUUGCCCCAUUUUUCUGUUACAUACACAAUUCAGCCCUGCCACUGUUGUUAGAGCUAUUAAAGGGGUAGUUCAUCCAAAAAUGAUAUGCUGGUAAUCAAACAGUUUACGGUAGCCACUGACUUCUACAGUAUAUUGAAGCCAUGACAUCUACAGAAGAAAGAAACUCAUACAGGUUUGGAACAACAUAAGGGUGAGUAUAUUGUCACAUUUUUCGUUUUUGUGUGGACUAUCCCUUUUAUAUUGAAUUGUUGCUUUGAUCAUUUAAGCACCAUAUAAAAAGAAAAUCUUAAGCAGACUGAAAUGUAUAUGUAUCAAACUUUGUGAACAUUGACAGAGGUGAAGAAAACAUGUUUAUAAUUUAAUUUCAACAUUGCUACUUAAGUUGUAAUUUUCAUUUUAAGAGUAUUUUUGUUCAUGUGUUUUGCCAGUUCUGUAGGCUUUCCUGGUAUUUUUGUUUAGAGGUUGUGGAUAAUAUUCAGUGGUUGUAUUGAACAAAUAGAAGGCUUUAUGUGUACAAUUAGCAGGUUUGGAGUGAUGUUCUUUAAGCUUUUUAGUGUGUGCCUGCAAUGUGGAUCUUCUAAUACUUUUGUUGUACAGGACAUGCAGUAUAUGUGGGAAUUACUUCUCAUAAAUGUGUAGAGAUGAAGUUUAAGUAGAUAUUCACACUGUAUCAGUACUGUAUCAGUACAUUGUGAGCUCUACCAUAGUGGAAGCUCAACUUACCAGAACUCAGUACUCAGUGAUUAAUGAAGUCUUGAUGCAAUGAUGUUGAAUGGUUGGACAUUCCUAAUGUUCAGUGGCCCUUUUCUGUGACAGUAUGACCCAGAGAAGAUCUUUAUUCUAAAAUAUUAAAGCACAAAAGCCGUAAUCUUAUAUUUAGCAAGUAUUUUAAAUAUUAAGAAGUCUUCUUCCCUUACAUUAGGGGAUGUUUGGCUUAGCAAGCUUGUGGCCUUUAAGCACAAAAUCUAAAUAUGUUGCUUGCUCUUUGCAUUUUCCUUCAGCUACUGUCAUUUACUCUACAUUUUGAUGGAUAAAACAGUAAUACAUUCCUUUUGAUCUUAUCCCCCAAAAAAGGUAUUGAUUAAUGAAUAAGUUGGUUAUUUCUCAGGAUAGAAAUACCUGAUUUAGUUUGCAUUUACUUUUGUCCCCAGUAUUACAUGACACCUAACACCAGCUUUUUGUUUAGGGUUAAGAGUUAAACCAUAUUAUUAGCAGACCGAUGAUAAAACGAGCAUUUCACUCAGUAAUUGAUACAUUUCUUAAUGUGGUUCAUUGAAAGAUUGUAUGACAUUGAAUGAAUAGUGAUGACAGAACAGAACGUUUAAUCCUCAAACUCAUUUUUAUGGUCUUUGUUUGUACAUGAAAAUUAUCCCCCGGUUUCACAGACAAGGCUUAAGCUAGUCCCAGACUAAAUUGCACGUUUGAGCUGUUUUAACUGAAGCAACUUGCACUGACAUAUCUUAAAAUAUGUCAGUGCCAUUUUUGUCUCAAGAUGCACACCACUAAUGUUUUUUCUAUGGCACAUUUAUAAAAGCUACUUAAAUGCCCUAAUUGAUCUAGAACCUAAUCCUGGCUUAAUCUAAGCCCUGUUUGUGAAACCGAGCCAUUAUCUUUUUUGGUAUUCCUGUGGUAUCACUGCAAUAAUUAAUAUUUGUAAGCACUUGAAUUGUUCUAAUGUGGCUUUAAAAACUGUAUCAGUUUUUGUGUUAAAGCAUUUUCUACUGUUUUCUGUGCUUGCUUUAUAAAAUAAAUAUCAAUACUGUGUAA